AAACCUCGCCGGAGCCACCGCCGCGGACUCAUCGGCGGGGAGGAUGGCGUUGUACGAGGCGCGGGACUUCUUGUUCUGCGGCAUGUGCGGGACCCUCCUCUCCUUCCACUCCCUCCACCACGCCUCCUGCCCGCUCUGCGGCUUCAAGCGCCCAGCCGCAGAGAUCGAGGGGAGAGAAACAACAUACACCAUCACCGCGGAGGACAUAAGAAGGGAGCUGAAGAUUGAACCGUUUGUGGUUAUUGAAACGGCUCCCACACAUACUGAAGAAGUGCAAAGAGCAGUGGUGAACGAAUCGUGCCCUCAAUGCCAUCAUCCCCAACUUGAGUACUACACCAAGCAGCUGCGUUCGGCGGAUGAAGGUCAAACUGUAUUUUACGAGUGCCCGGAAUGCAGACACAAGUUUUCAGUUAACACAUGAAGGCAAAAGUAUGAUCUCUUUUUCUCCAGCUGCUGUCUUCUGAGUACAUUUUUUUUAAUCAGUUUUGCUUCAUCUAGUUUAGAAAUUUCUUGAAAUAUUGUAACGUAUAAUGUAAGACAAUUAUAUUGAAGGGAGUAGUAGACUUGAUUUAUGUUCUUCGCAUAUUGUAUGAUACUACUUUGUGCGGAGAUGUGCUGAGAUUAUAUGAGCAGAUAUUGGCGCAA